CACGCCCUGUACGGGCAGCAGAAAGCGAUCGUGGUGUUCGUGCGGAAUUUUUUGUGUUACACCUGUAAGGAGUAUGUAGAAGACCUGGCAAAAGUUCCCAAGGCAUUUUUACAAGAAGCAAAUGUGAGGCUUAUAGUUAUUGGACAGUCAUCUUAUCAUCACAUCAAGCCCUUUUGCAGUUUAACGGGGUAUACACAUGAAAUGUAUGUAGAUCCGCAAAGGGAAAUUUAUAAAACGCUUGGCAUGAAAAGAGGUGAAUGUAAUAGUGUAUCAGUGCAGAGCCCUCAUGUGAAAUCAAACGUACUUCUGGGAAGCAUUAGGAGUAUGUGGAGAGCAAUGACUGGCCCAGCUUUUGAUUUUCAAGGAGACCCUGCUCAACAGGGAGGAGCUUUGAUUAUAGGCCCAGGCAAUGAAGUUCAUUUUUUGCAUCUUGAUAAAAACAGGCUGGAUCAUGUUCCCAUUAAUACAGUCUUGCAGCUGGCAGGAGUUAAAACAGUGAAUUUCUCAAACAAACCCCCAAUUAUUGACAUAUGA